UUUAAACUAAUUAGUGAGAUCUCUUCCAUAAAUGGGCAAUCUGUGGGAGCUAUAUCUAGCCCUAGCUAGCUAAUUCAGAGAUCAAAAAUAUCCAAAUUCUAAGCCAUGGAGGCUACUCGGCUGAAAACGUCCACCUCUGCUUCUGCUUCUGCUUCUGAAGAACAUAGCCAUGAUGCUUCUGUAGCCCACGAAGAUCGUAAUAUGGUCGGAGCUAGGGGGAAAUUCUGCGAAGCAACUGCUCCGAAGGCAUCCUCAGCCGACCUCGAGAUCCCAGGCAUUUCGAACGAGGAGAAGGAACUUGAAUCAGCAAAGGCGGAGAUGAGCCAAGUGAGAGAGGAGAACGCGAGAUUGAAGAUGAUGUUAGAGCAAAUGGAGAAGGAUUACGAGUCUCUCCGAAUGCGGUUCUCCGCCAUAAUUCAGCGAGAAUCCAAGAAGAGCAGCAACUCAUCCAUUAGUACUGCUCAUGUAGAUCAAGAGCCAGAACUCGUAUCUCUUCGUCUCGGAAUAAGCCCCAGCGAACCUAAGAGAGACGAGAAAAGCGCCGGCAAGGCGAGAUCGUCGUCGGAAGAUCACGAGCAGUUGACGGGAGGUCUUAAACUCGGCCUGGACUACGAUUUCCGUAAGUCAGAGAAAUCGAGUCCCGAGAAUAGCUUGGAAGAAAUAGCCAAGGAAGAACAAGCCGGAGAGACGUGGCCGGCGGCGAGUAAAGGUUUGAAGAAGGGGAGAAGCGGAGAGGAUGAUGAGCUUUCAGAACAGUCCAGCGUUAAGAGAGCUAGGGUUUCUGUGAGAGCUAGAUGCGAUGCCCCGACUAUGAACGAUGGCUGCCAGUGGAGGAAAUACGGCCAGAAAAUUUCGAAAGGAAAUCCAUGUCCCCGCGCAUACUACCGUUGCACCGUAGCACCUUCCUGUCCCGUCAGAAAACAGGUGCAAAGAUGUGCUGAGGACAUGUCCAUCUUGAUCACAACCUACGAGGGAACCCACAACCACCCACUUCCAGUUUCAGCCACCGCCAUGGCUUCCACCACUUCCGCCGCCGCCUCCAUGCUAUUGUCCGGCUCUUCAACCUCUCAACAAGGCUUGGGGCCAUCAUCCACCACCACCGCUCCGUUCACCAACCUCCACGGCCUAGAUUUCAGCCUCUCCGACAACUCAAGAGCAAGAGCAUUGUACUCUCCCAACUCUUCUUCUUCUUCACCUUUCGCAACCAUCACUUUGGACCUCACUUCCAGUCCAUCCACUCAUUUCAACAUGCUCUCUUCCAACUUUCCUUCAGCCCCAAGAACUGUCUUUCCUUCCACAAAUCUCAGCUUUUCCUCAUCGGAAUCCACCAUCUUACCAUCUGUUUGGGGCAAUGGGUAUCACAACUAUGGCACCCUGCCCUACGGCAAAGCCAAUACUGGAUCAACUAAUCUGGGAAAACCAUCCCAGGAACAGUUUUAUCAGCCUUACACAGAGCAGAACAGCCAGGCCUCUUCUUUAACAGAGACCUUGACCAAGGCGAUCACGUCGAAUCCGAGCUUCCAAUCGGUGAUAGCUGCUGCGAUUUCAUCUAUGGUGGACAACAACAAUGGCGGCAACCAAGGGAGAAGAGAGAGCUUUGGCCAGAACUUGAGGUGGGUUGACACCAUUCAGGCCAUUAACGGCAAAGGUUGCGCCUCAAGUUACUUGAACCCAACUUCGUCUUUGAACUCUCAGACUGGAAAUUUGACACUUCUCCAGGCACCCGCGUUGCCAUUUUCCGUCUCUAAGAACACUGCAAAGCCCGCCACUGAUGGCCAGGACCAGACCAAUUGAUGGUUCUCUUCAUUUUCCUUUUCUGUUAUAUUUUUUGAGACUAGAGAUCAUACAAGAACUGGAUCACACAUCAGACGUAACUGUCGACAAAGAAACGGAAGCAAGAAGAAAUUCACCCUGCUUUCAUUGCUUUGUAUUCACAGCUAGCCCAAACCUUGCAAUGGAAAUGUACAUUAUCUAGGUGCCAGUUAGGUGUCUGCUCCAAUAAAAGUAACCUGUUUUGUA